CUAACUUAGCGUGGCUAAUAGCGAGCAGGCGGAGAGGAUCGGCAUCCAAAAGCGACUUGAAAAAACUACUUGACGCUCCUAGUCUGGGCCUGGAGCGGGCACCACCAUGAAGCCGGAGCCGCUGGAGUCUGACGGAGAUUCUGCUCAGGACGUGUCUGACUUCAACUGGGACGACUACCUGGACGAGAGCGGCGCAACGUCGGUGCCCCAUCACGCUUUCAAACAUGUGGACCAGGGCCUGCAGACCGGGCUCACCCCGGGGAUGAAGCUAGAGGUGUGCGUGCGCUCCGAGGCAGACGCCCCGUACUGGGUAGCCAACAUCAUCACCACGUGUGGCCAGCUGCUGCUGCUGCGCUAUGAGGGUUACCACGACGACCGACGCGCCGACUUCUGGUGUGACAUCAUGACCGCCGACCUCCAUCCUCUAGGCUGGAGCCGAGAGCAGGGCAAGGCCAUGAGACCUCCAGAGGGUGUUCGGGAGAAGAACCCGGAAUGGGAGUCGAUGCUGGAGAAAGCUUUGGCAGAGGACUGCGGCGCUCCUGCCAACCUGCUGGAGCUGCCGCGGCCCGGCAGAGACCCAGCGGAGCUGUUGUGCGCCGGCUGCUAUGUGGAGCUCCAGGACCAGGCAGACCCCGGUCUUGCCUGGGCUGCCGAGGUAGAGGAGAACGUCGGGGGCCGGCUGAAGCUGCGGUUGCUUGGCACGGAGGAACUCCCGGACGCGCCAGCCACUCUCUGGCUCUUCUACCUGCACCCGCGCCUGCACGCCCCAGGCUGGGCCAAAGAGCACGGUUGCGCACUGAGGCCCCCCCCAGAGCUGCGGGGCCUGCGGACAGAAGAGGAGUGGGAGGAGGUGAAGCAGCGGAUCACUGACCUGCCUGAGGAUGAAGAUCUGACUGCAGCGCUAACAAAGGAACGGACUGCGAUCGCGACUCAUUGUUUUAAGGAAGGGAUGAAGCUGGAGGCCCUCGACCCCAACGCUCCCAUCUCCAUCAGACCAGCAACCAUCACCAAGGUGUUUAAUGAGCAGCACUUCCUGGUGACCAUGGACGACCUCUGCGGUCUCGAAGAGUCAGAAGGAACCGGACGAUCCUUCCUGUGUCACAGAGACAGCCCCGGGCUAUUUCCCGCUCAGUGGGGUCUUAAAAACGGACUCCCUCUCAGCCCUCCUCCAGGGUUCCAGGGUCUGGACUUCGACUGGGCUGACUACCUGAAGCGGAGUGAGGCCGAAGCUGCUCCUCAGCACUGCUUCCCAACUGAGCAAAGUGAUCACAGUUUUAAAGAGUCCAUGAAGCUGGAGGCGGUGAACCCGCUGUCGCCCGAGAAUAUCCACGUGGCCUCAGUCACGCGGGUCAAAGGGCCAUACGUCUGGCUCAGUCUGGAAGGGCUGAAGCAGCCCAUGCCAGAGGUCAUAGUUCAUGUGGACUCUCUGGACAUCUUUCCUGUGAGCUGGUGCGAGACCAACGGAUACCCACUGGUCCACCCCAUCAAGCCACCAGUGGAGAAGGAGCGAAAGGUCGCCGUCGUGCAACCAGAAAAACACAGGGCUCCGCCCAAGUCCACAUCACCUGACGCCGUCAAGCAGCAGACCGCCAACCAGUCAGACAUGGGUCAAGGGAACGGGAAAUACUGCUGCCCCAAGAUCUACUUCAACCACCGCUGCUUCUCUGGACCGUACCUCAACAAGGGACGCAUCGCAGAGCUGCCGCAGUUCAUCGGCCCCGGAAACUGCGUUCUUGUGCUCAAAGAGGUCCUGACUCUGCUCAUCAACUCGGCAUACAAGCCGAGUCGAGUGCUGCGGGAGCUGCAGCUGGACCAGGAGAGCCGCUGGCAGGGCUACGGAGAGACCCUCAAAGCCAAGUACAAGGGGAAGAGCUACCGCGCCACGGUGGAGAUCGUCCGCACCGCUGACCGUGUGGCCGACUUCUGCAGGAAAACCUGCAUCAAACUGGAGUGCUGCCCGAACCUGUUUGGACCCGGCAUGGUGCUGGAGCGCUGCUCUGAGAACUGCUCCGUCCUCACCAAGACCAAAUACACGUAUUACUACGGCAAGAAGAAGAGCAAACGGGUGGGCCGUCCUCCCGGAGGUCACUCGAACCUGGAGGGAGGUGUGAAGAGGAGAGGGAGGAAGAGGAAGAGGAGGAAGCAGCUCUUCGUCCACAAGAAGAGACGCUCGUCUGCUUCAGUCGACAACACACCUGCUGGAUCUCCUCAGGGCAGCGGAGAUGAAGAAGAUCUGGACGAGGAUGACUCUCUCAGCGAAGACUCUGGAUCUGAGCUGCAGGAUGACCUUCAGGACGACUCUGAACAGUCAGUGGGGAAGUCUCAACCUGCCACGCCCUCCCCCUCCCCGCCGGCGACCCCUCGGCCCACGCGCCGGCGCAGGAAGCCUCACUCGCCCUCCUUCUCCGACGAUGAGAAUCGACCUCCUUCGCCAAAGACCUCAAAGCCCGAGCCCCCUCAGAAGCUGUGUUUGGACACGAGCCCCCUGGAGUGGAGCGUCACAGAUGUGGUUCGUUUCAUCAGGACCACCGACUGCGCCCCUCUCGCUCGCAUUUUCAUGGAUCAAGAGAUCGACGGGCAGGCGCUGCUCCUGCUGAACCUGCCGACGGUGCAGGAGUGCAUGGAUCUGAAGCUGGGACCGGCAAUCAAGCUGUGCCACCACAUAGAGAGAGUCAAGCUGGUGUUUUAUCAACAGUUUGCCACGUAGUUGACGGAGAGUUGGACAGGUUUUCGUACUGUGACUCACCUUUGGUAACACUGGACAUCCUGCAGAGACGUUUGUGAGAAGACCCAGCUCAAGGCUGAACCACUCAACGAAGCCUUAAACCAGUUCAGUUCCUCUUGGCUCGCAAUGUUACUUCAUCAUUUGUCUAUAGGUUCAGAGGAUUUCACAGUGCCUCUUUCAACUGAACAGACUCCCACUAGUUAAUGUUGGAUAUGGACUGAUGAAUGCAUGAAGUAUAUUAGUCAUCAAAUAUCACUUGAAAAGGAUAGUUUUCUUAUAAAUGCUUUCAGCUGUUGUGUAGUGUUUUUUUGUCUUAAAUAUUUUUUGUGUUUCUGGGGAAGAAAAGGCAACUUCUGAGUUCACUAAUGCAUUUGCUCGACAGACAUCACAUGAAACAGGUGUCUUAAAUAUAAUCAAAUGUCACCGACUUUUGAAAAUUGUUUGAGGGGCUUUUCUUCGUCCAUGAAAUAAAUCUAGUGCAAGCACAAUAGAAGACGCACAAAGCAGCGAUACCAUAGUUUUUAUGUAUAUAGUGUACAUAGUUCAAAUCUUUUAGUGCAACAGGGUAUUCACACUUGAGUCAGCCCUUCUACACCUGACUCUCCAGCGACAUUCAAGGCUCUGGAUUUUUGCACAGACAGCCUCAAAACUACUGUUAAUAUUGGAGCUCAAUAAUCGAAUGAUAGAAGAAUGUAAAAGUAGGUUUGUAUGUUUUCGUUCCAAUAACCGCAGGAAUAUAUUUCAAUAGCUUCAACUGUUUCUGAUAUUUUGUUGUGUUCCGAAAGCCUAAAACUUUCAAGUGAUCUGUUUUUCUGUGUUUCUAUCUGUUCAAUAAUAGUGCAGCCAGUUGGUGCCCAUGUUUGUGUGUGCUUCACUGAUCUGAUUUAAAAAACAAACAAACCAUAUUUUAAGUUUGUGGGGAAAUCAGCUCCUUAUUAAUGCUUUGUAAAUGUAAAUUGAACAAGAGGAACAAUUGUUUGGAACAAAUACUGUCCAUCUGUGAGUUUUAUAUUAACAAUGGAGGUUUUUUGUUUUAUUUUUUUGCUACGACUUUGUCGUGGUGAUUUUUUUGGAAGUUGAAUUUAAUAAAGGUCGUCGACUGUC